AUGUGUAGGGCAUCGCGGUCUCUCAAGUCCCUGUCUGACAUCAGCAGUGACAUCAUCUGGCUUGGAACUCCACCAGGGUGGACCGCGACCCCAGAGUUCCAAGACCCACAGUCCGAAGAGGAUUUGGUACGAGAAAAGGAAAUAAUGGACGAAAACAUUAGGAAAGAACUUGAAGAAAUCAGAUUCGAAGUCUCAGAUAAAAGAGAAAUGAAAUCUAAAAAAUCUUCAGAAAAAAAUAACGUUUCUGAUAAUGAGGAUUCAGGUAUUGAUGUACAAGCGAAAAAGAACCAAAAUACAAACAAAGCUAAGACAGAUAAGGACAGUGAGAAAGCAGGUCAGAAACAUGAAAGGGACAAAGAAGACAAGAAAGCGGGACACAAAGAAGGCAAGAAAGUAGGACAUAAAGAUGAUAGGGACAAAGAAGGCAAGAAAGUAGAACAACAAGAUGAGAGGGACAAAGAAGGCAAGAAAGUAGGACAUAAAGAUGAUAGGGACAAAGAAGACAAAAAUACCGGACAGAUAGAUGAGGGAGACAAUAUAGAGAAGAAAGCGGGACAGUCAGGUGAGGGAGACAAAUUAGAGAAGAAAGCGGGACAUAAAAAUAAGAGGGACAAAGAAGACAAGAAAGCAGGAGAGAAACAUAAGAGGGAAAACGAUGACAUCAGUAAACCAGACGAUGCAACAAAGAGGAUUAAAGGAAAGGGAGUGGGGAAGAAAACUGUGCAGAAAGAAACAAGGGGCAGGAAACCGAAAGUUGCUCCGGUCAAAGAGAAGAAAACGUUACCGAAGCGUGCGGCGAAGGCAGCCCCUGCCCAGGAAGAGGUGGCCACCAACACGAGACUUCUCAGGAAGUAA